CUCUCUCUCUCUCUCUCUCUCUCUCUGUUUAUUUAUUUUUUUACGCAAUUACUGAAUUUUUUUGUAAUUGUUCAAAUUCGGACAGUUGAGACGUCUUUUUUAUAUUCCUGCACAGUUACAGAACUAGUUUAGAUGCAGUUUAAUUAUCACACGUGUUUGCUGCUGUUUUGUGUAUAUUGAGAUGGUUCGCUGGUUUGUUUGUAUGUAAGAGGGAGAGAUCAGGCAUAACAUUGUGCCCAUCUUUUAAUAUUUUGUUGGUCCCGUUUUGCUACCAAAACAGUCCUGACCGGUUGAUCAUUAACAGCAGUAACAUCUUCAGCAAUUUAAGCUACAGGAGUUCGUCUGUUCGAUCGGACCACACGCCCAGCCUUCGCUCCCCACAUGUAUCAAUGAGCCUCGGCCGCCCAUGACCUUGUCGCCGGUUCACCACUUUUUCUUCAUUGGAGCACUUUUGAUUGAUACUGAACACUGCAGACCAGGAACAACCCACAAGAGCUGCAGUUUUCGAGAUGCUCUGACCUAGUCGUCUAGCCAUCACAAUUUGGCCCUUUUCAAACUUACUCUAAUCCUUAUGCCUGCCCAUUUUUCCUGCUUCUAACACAUCAACUUUGGGGACAAACUUUGAGGCACCACAUACCAGAGCAAACAUAUGACACAAUUACAACAAAAAUUUUAUAAAAUGACAAGCUGUGAGAGGAGACGGGAUCAGGAGCGAUGUAGGACUGAAGCAAAGCUGCAGGAGUCAGUCUUCCAUGGUACCUGUACCACUAUGUGUCCCAUCUCUGAGGUGCAGCGGCGGGAAGAACAAAGGCAAUUGCAUCGCUUUGAGAUGAAACGUGGUACAGAGCAAGAACGCUAUCCACGUGCCGAUCUCUCCCGCACUGUUAAAGAGUACUCGCGUCCUGCAGCUGGUAAAGAUAAAAUUCGAGCCUGUGACCUGCGACCUCCUGAUGUCCUUUUCAAGACCGUGUGUUACUUGGUGGAUGAGAUUGUGGCCUCCCCUACACUUCAGCCCUGGACUGAGGUCUACAGUUUUGUGUUCGAUCGUUUGCGAAGUGUGCGACAGGAUAUGAUCAUCCAAUGUGUCUCGGGUCAGGAGUGUGUGGCAGUGCUUGAAAGAAUAGUGCGCUUCCACCUCUACGCAUCAUACCGACUUUGCGGUGAACCUCUGCAGCUCUACGAUCCAUACAUCAACAACACACACCUGCAGGAGUGUCUGAGCAGGCUGUUGGAAUGCUACAGCAAGGGACAGUAUGAUCAUCAGGAAGAAUUCCAGGCUCUCAGUCUGCUCUACAAUCUGGGUUCCACAACUACACUGCAACAUGCCCUUGAGCUGCCUGAGAGUGUGCGUCUCUCUUCUCCAGUUCAAUUGGCUCUGGAAGUUAAUAGGGCUUAUAUAGAGCGCAACCCUGUGCGUCUCCUACGUCUGGCCCGGAAACUGGACUUCAUGCAAGCCUGUGCCCUUCACAGACACUUAAUAUCCUGCAGGAAAGAUUUGCUUAUGAUCUACAGCCAUGGAUACAGCAGCCGCAACUGCCGCUUUCCGAUCCAGAAGUUAGCGGACCUUCUCUUCCUGGACUCCUCACUGGCUCUUCAGCUUUGCCAGACUCAUGGAAUUGAAGUGAAAGGGGACUAUGUGGUCUUCUCUAAAACUUCCUUUAGUGAGAGCAUGUGUAAAGAGCUGCAGUGUACCCAAAUGCACAAGCUAGUGGAUGACAAGCAACCAGACAAUUCACUUUGUAGCAUUAUUCAUGGCACCGCCUGAACGCCUGGUUUAAAAGAGCGGUUCAAUCAGGUUCUUAGUUUUUUCAAAUGGUUCUACUUAUGUAAAUGCACUCUGAUUUUUUUUUUUUUUUUUAUGUUCUACUGUGAAUGUGCUGCCAUGAUUUUAAAAGUAUGUUUGGUUUUUUUUUUUUUUUUGGAAAACACUGUAGCCCAUAGGCAUAUAGUAAUACAACAGCCGCAACCGAUGCUUUCCCAUCCAGACAUAAGUGAUCCUUGUUUUCCUGGACCCUUUACUAGCUGUUCGGCUUUGCCAGACAAAUGCAGUGUGCACAAAUUCACAAGCUAGUGGAUGACAAGAAACCAGACAGUUCACUUGGUAGCAUCAUUCAUGGCACCACCUGAAUGCCUGGUUUAAAGAGUGGCUCAAUCAGAGGUAGUUUUUUUUAUUUUUUUUAUUUAACCUUCUUACUGAUGCAAAUGCAAUCUUAUUUUUUAAUAAUGUGUUACUGUGAAUGUACUGCCAUAAUUUUAAAGCAUGACCUCUGAAAAACACUGAAUACCCAUACAGUAAUAAAGAAUUUGUUCUAUGCA